CAACACAUGCCGCAUCUGAGCUCUGCGUAUUCCACACGCAAUGCACCAAUAGAGUAGGGAAUUCGAGAUCCGCUUUGGCCCCAAAAGCAGUAACAAUCCCUCAUACCUCACAAUCGUACAUCAUCGAUAAAGGACAAUCGCUCAGGCAUACCCUUCGUAAGCAGCGAAAAUCGACCAGUCGAGCGAGCGAGGUGAUGUCUUGUUUCGGAGUAAGAGAAAACAAAACGUACAUACAUGCAUACAUGCAUGCAUAUACACACCUAGAUACAUAACACACCGCUACGCUACCUCCGGUGCCGGGUGCAUACAUACCGUCGACAUACAUGCAUACGUUGAUGUACCCAGGAUAAAAUCGACAAGGGUACAAUGUACGCAUACGUAUUAGUCCAUACACGCAUACACUAUGUAUGUAACAAGCAGCCCCCACCCCCAUCUCGCGAUACCCCCGGAAGGGAGGGUUUGACUAUCUUCUCCCCUACCUACAGCGUGCUUACGAGCACUCUUAGCAACACACCACAUGUCUUACACUUUGUCCCGCAACGCUAGUAGAGCAAGGGGAGGACGACGGGCUAGACCCGGGUAGAGUAAUGGUACGUAUCAUGUUGUGGUUUGGCUGUGCGAGUGCGGUGCGGGUGUGCACUUGACUUGCCUUCGGCAGGGCUGGGGCUACGCACAGUCUCAACAACUACCUCACUUAGGUGCAGUUCUACUCUCUUUGCGGAGGCCCCGAGUACAUGCUCUUACUCUCGGAUCCCGGGUAUCGGACACAACAACGAUAGCUUUAACUAGCAGAAUUGAUAUGGAUUCCAUAAACCUCGCUCGUUGUUAACCAGAAACACGAACCAACGAUUGUUGUUAUUUUUCCGUUGCCGAUCUCUCCUAGCAAGAAAACUUGGGCUUAAGGUGAACCCGUUCAUCGAGAUACGUUCGUUUUGGUGUUUCGUGCACGCUCAGCGCCUGUAUGAGACCGGUGCUUUGUUUGAAGCGUGAAAAUCAAAUCGUUGCGGGUAGCAAGACCCUCUAAACAAAACCCCCUCCCCCCAUUGAAACACAUCCGUCUCUUGACGGAUUUCUCCCAUUUUCUUCAUCUGGCUCUAUUGAUAGUGUGUGCCUUGAUCUAUUUAUUACCUCUAGUAAAGCAAAGCGGGAAUCAAUGCAAAAAGAAAACGAAUGACCUCUCGCCCAUUCUACGCACGCAACGCAAACGCACGCGCCAGCCUCGCCUUAGGAAUCCUCUUUCUUUCUCUCUCGUACGCAAGGCGCGCGCCCACAACACCGACAUGCCCGCACGCACCCUCGCACGUGCCUCUGCUUCCUCUCUGUCCCCUCGGGGAAUCCUUUUGAAUAAUAUCCGUACGGCACAUGCCAC